UGGGCGUUUAGUCUCCCAACCGAAUCUUCCGAUGCGUUUACGCCACCUUCUCUCUCUUAGGGUUUCACUAUAGCAGAGGUGUACUACUGCUUAUUUCAGUUCCCGGAAUUCUUCAAAAUCAGUUUUGGCUUCUUCUCGCAUUUAAACGGAAAAUCUCACCAUUCGCGGUUGCAUUUGUGGACAAGGAAACUCGUUUUUCGAUUAGGUCUAUGCUCCGUUUUGGUCACUGGUCGGGCAAAUCCGUGAGAUGUUAUCAGUGAUGAGGAGCAAAGCGUUCGAUUCAAAUCGCAGAAGCGACUCCAUUCGUGUUACGGAUCUUAGGGCAUCACUUCCCCCCAGCUCGGGCUCUGGAAAUGAGGCGGCGAGCUCGAUCUCAACUGAUUCCGGGGAUCCCCAGGCUUAUAAGAUCGUCGAGAAUGAUAGAGGUAUGGAUUUGGAUAGAGGUGUUUGUUUAUCUAGUAAUAAUUCAGCAGAAGCUAGGGUUCGGGAUCCGCACACUGAUUCCAAAGAGGGCAGUGUUCAUAAGUUUAUGACAAUAAAAAAUGAACGUAGAGACUUGAAUGCGGAAUUGAAGAAUUCAGGCUCCUUGGUUCCCGUUAACAUGGAAUAUGACAUGAUGCUUUCCAAGUUUGAUGAUUUUGCGGCAAGUGGGAAGCCAUGGGCUGUUGGUUGGGGUUAUGAAAUGGGGGACAUGGUUUGGGGGAAGGUAAAGUCUCACCCGUGGUGGCCAGGCCACAUUUUCCAUGAGGCAUUUGCAACCACUUCAGUGCAACGAAGCAAGAGGGAUGGCCAUAUAUUAGUUGCCUUCUUUGGUGAUAGUAGCUAUGGUUGGUUUGAACCAUCAGAGCUUGUGCCUUUUGACUCUAAUUUUCAUGAUAAAUCUCAACAAACAAAUUUAAGAUCUUUUACCAAGGCUGUGGAUGAAGCCAUUGAUGAGUUGAGCCGCAGGUGUGCUCUAGGAUUGGUCUGUAGUUGCAGACCGGUCUACAAUUUCCGACCUAUAUCCGCUGAAGGGUUUUUUGAAGUUGAUUUUAAUGAAAAUGAGAAAAAUUUCAUUUAUUCUGCCAGCCAGAUUAAAAAAUCCAGGGAAAGUUUUAAUCCCAGGGAAACUCUUGCUUUUACCAAGAAGAUGGCUUUGACACCUAUGAGUGGAGACUGCGGGAAUAUAACCAUUAUAAAAAACAAGGCUACUGCUUUAGCUUAUAGAAAGGCAGUGUUUGCACCUGAUGACCCUACAUAUGCUGAAGCUUUUGGUGCUCAUGUAACUAAAAACCUUCAACAUAUACAGCGUGUGACUCAACCAUCAAAAGUGCCACAGAGAGCUUCUCUCAGUGGCAGAGUAGUUUCUUUAGAUGCUGUGGGCAAGGGAAAAUCUUCAGCAAAACAUAACAAAGCGAUAGAUAAGAGUGAAAAGGACAGAUAUUUAUUUAAGCGCAGAGAUGAACCCGAGAACGUGAAAGGCCGUGGAGCUGGUGAGGUGCAAGCAGGUGGUUUCUCUACCCCACUGCCUUUCAAUGUUGUAGACAUCCCUCUAAGUGUUACUGACAGUGCAGCAAAGUGCACUUCUAUUGAGGCACAUACAGAGCAACCUCGAAAACAGAAUGCUCCUGUUGUAGAUAAAUCACCUAGAAGUUUGCAGCAAGUUGAAAACUGUGUUGGUGAAAUGCAACAUAUUCCACUUUCUGCGGAAGCUAAACCUCAGUCAGAAGGACCUAAAGUAUCUUCACUUGGGGGGACAGAAAAGGUGAAGAGUCGUAAACGCCCUGUGACUUCUGAAACCAGUCAGCUGUUGGAGGAGGAGGAGAAGAAGAAAAAGAAAAAGAAGAAGAAAAUUCCAGGCUUGAACACAAGCUUCUCAGAGAAGAAGGUAGUAGCUGGUGGUGGUGAAGAAAGUGUCGUGGUGAAUCAGACAUUAAUCUUAGGGGGAGGUUCAAACCCAGUUUCUUUGGUGGACCCCAGGAGGGAAGUUGUUACUGAGAAGGGGAAUCAGCGAAGCGAGCAGCGAGCUGUUUCCCUUGAAGCCACAGGGAUAAAAAAUGGGGAAGAUCUUCCUCAUCUGCUAUGUGAUUUGCAAUCUCUCGCUCUUAAUCCCUUUUACCACCUGGCCAGGGGGUGUCCUGCAACCGCAAGAACUGCCUUUUUGCGUUUCCGGUCUCUUGUUUAUCAGAAGAGCUUAGGAAAUGAAUCACCUGAUGAAAAUGAAUCUAAUCAAGAGUCCCAUUCCGGUAGAUUAUCAGCCGCUUCUGAUGGUGCACCUGCUGAGAUGAAGACACGUCCGCCACAUAAGCCUUCUGUCUCAGGGCAUGAUGAUGCAAUGAGGGUUGAGCGAAAGCGUGCCCCAUCAGAUAGGCAGGAGGAGAUUUCUGUCAAAAAGAAGAAGAAAAUGAACGAUUUGAGGGUAUUGGCCGCUGAGAGAAAGGCAGGUUCCCAAAGAAUUUCUGAAGUGCAACCAAAGAACGAUGGGAAAAAAGUAGUGUCCAAGCCUGGUGGGGAAGAGUUGAGCAAGAGGAGGAUGAUAGAGCAGCAUCCGUUGUCAGCAAAGGAGUUGUCCUCCGAGCCGACCAUGCUGAUCAUGAAGUUCCCUCCUAAAGGGGCGCUCCCGUCAGUCCCUGAGCUCAAAGUAAAGUUUUCACGCUUUGGGGCUCUUGACCAUUCUGCCACACGAGUCUACUGGAAGUCCUCUACAUGCCGGCUUGUGUACCGCUACAAGAAGCAUGCGGAGGCUGCACUGAGAUACGCAGAGAGUACCACACAUCUGUUUGGCAAUGCGGACGUCAAAUGUUCCCUCCGUGAAGCAGAUGCACCACCGGAGACUGCCACCUUCAAGACUGUGGCUGUGCCUCCACCAAGAGAAGACAAUUUUGCUUCUGCUGCCGUUGGUGGAGGAGGAGGCUUGCAGUUCAACAGAGACUCUGAUAGGCUGCUGCCACAUGCAGGAGGCAGAGUCACGCCCCAGCAGCAGCUGAAGUCAUGCCUGAAAAGGCUGCCUCCAAGUGAAGAAACAGGGAAUGGUGGUAAUAAUAGAGGGACUAUCCCCCGUGUAAAAUUUGAUUUAGGGGGAGAAGAUAGUAAUAGAGCCGAGCUGUUGAUUGAUAGUAAGAACACCAAAACAACUGCUGCCCCAUCUUCUGAUACUACUACUACUACUACUAAUAUCAAAAAUUUCUCAAAGGUCAUACUUCCACCAUCUCCUCAGUUGCACUCUCCUCCUGCGAUUAUUUCGACCACCACCACCAUCACCACUCAAUUUCAUAAUACACCAACGAAUUUGCACUUCACAGAAAUGACGCCCCAUAGAAAUGUCCAUAAUUUUAGUGCCCCAUUUGCUGCCACCCCCACCAUCAAUGUGGAUGUUUCCCAACAGAUGCUAGGCCUUCUCGCGAAGUGCCAUGAAGUGUUGACCAAUUUGACAAACGUACUGGGUUACUCACCUUACCGGCCCUUGUGAGAGUUCUAUCUGGUGGUCACGAAUAAGUCCUUAGCCCCCCCUUUUUUGGUUGGAGAUUUGAAUGCCCAAUUGAGAUAGCCGUCUUUUCAGGCUGCCGCCCUUUCUGUGAAUAGAAGAAAUGUCCUGCCAAUUAUUGUAUCCGCCCGAGCCUUGCCGUGCUAUAUCGGUCUUAUCAAUGCAAUAUUUUGUAUUUUGAGUGCUUUCAAGAACUUGUAAUGGUGAAUUGGUGAUAGGGGAUAACGCCUUCCUUGCUUGCUUGUCUUUUCAUACUUUUUUAUUACUACGUGUUUAUUAUUAAUUUCCCCUGAACGCGUUGUGCUUGAAGACGUAGUCUAGGACUCUCGGUACGGAUCUUUUUCCAUUUGGGCUUUACAAAACAAAACAAUAAAAACUAAAGAAAUGAACGACCAGUUUC